AUGCCUGAACCAGCUAAGAGCGCGCCCAAGAAGGGUUCCAAGAAAGCCGUCGCCAAGAGCGUCAGCAAGUCCGGCAGAAAGCGAAAGAGGAGCAGGAAGGAGAGCUACGCCAUCUACGUGUACAAAGUGCUCAAGCAGGUGCACCCCGACACCGGCAUCUCGUCCAAGGCCAUGAGCAUCAUGAACUCGUUCGUCAACGACAUCUUCGAGCGCAUCGCCGCCGAGGCGUGUCGUCUGGCUCACUACAACAAGCGUUCCACCAUCACGUCCAGGGAGAUCCAGACCGCCGUGCGUCUCCUGUUGCCCGGUGAGCUGGCCAAGCACGCCGUGUCCGAGGGCACCAAGGCCGUCACCAAGUACACCAGCUCCAAGUAG